AUGUCCCGAGGUCCAGACGCGCUAGAGCGUCUUGGUCAAGAAGACCUCCAGAAUAUUGUUCUCGACCUUCUCUCUACGUUACAGAUUCAUCCAGCUGCUCGACUGCUCCGUUCUACCGGAGAUGGUAAAAACCUCUUCGGCGAUUUGUUGCAACUCAAUUCCGCUGUCAACUCUGGCGAGUUCGACUUCGACCGUAUCAAGCCGCUUGUUAAAUCGGCCCUCGCCGACAUUCCUGAUGACAUACUCAUCUGGAUUCAUGUCUAUCGUGCCGUCACCGAAUCUACCCCGCCUCCCCGACCUAUAUCUUCGUCUAUCCAACAAACACCGUGGAGCCAGAAUACAAGCGGCUUCGUGAACUCGUCGGAAUUCCGCCAGAAUGUGGACCCGAUCCUCAAGUUGGAGCUCGAACGUCUCUAUGUCGGACUUCCCAAGUUCCACCAAACCUUCUUUGCAGACGUGCCAGACCUAGACAUGGUUUCUGAGGCCGUCUUCCGCAGGUGUAUUGAAGGCGAUAAUCCACUCUUUAAAGAGGGAUGGAGUGGAUGGCCUGCAGGCGCCAGAGAAAACGACCUGUUGGCACAGCCGAGGACACCACUGCAGGGCUCCACAGGCAAACGCAGCCUUGAUAUCGGCUUUGUCAAUAGCGACAUCACGUACAAGCCUGACUCUGAGGAUUCGAGAUAUCGUUGGUCUCACAUCCUUGUUGCUGGCGAACUGAAAAGCAACCCGAAGGCCGACACAUCAUCAAUUGCGUGGAUUGAUCUCGCAAGGUAUGCGAGAGAGGUACUCGCCGCUCAAGACACCCGUCGCUUCGUCUUGGGCUUUACUCUCUGCGGAUCUCAUAUGAGGGUCUGGGAGUUCGACCGACUUGGGGGAAUCGCCUCCGAACAAUUCGACAUCAACAAGAAGGAUGGUGGGUUACAGUUUGUGACCGCAAUCCUCGGGUUUCUACGGAUGAAUGAUGAGGUGCUUGGGUUUGACCCUACCAUUGUCAUGUCCAACGGCGAACGGUAUAUUGAGAUUGAACGUGAUGGCCAAACAGCGCGUCUCAUCAUUGACAAGGUCAUGAAGCGUUCCUCCUGCAUUGUUGGUCGAGCAACAACGUGUUGGAAAGCCCAUUGGGAAGAAGACCCCUGGACGCCGCUCGUUAUCAAGGACUCCUGGCAGUACACGGACCGAGACGAAGAGGGUAUACUUGUCCAAGAAGCGACUGAGAAAGGCGUCAUCAAUAUUGCCCGAUACUACCAUCACGAGACCGUUCGCGUCCACGGUGCGGAUGAUGACGUCCAAAACAAUGUUCGAAAGGGAUUGGACAUCACCAAAGCCACGAAUUAUCGACCAGGACGUGCGAUGUUGCCGGCGGCGAGCGCGUCCAUUGUGUCGCGCAAACAGUUAAGCAGCGGCGCCGGCGUGAAGCGACCGUCCAGCGAAACUGACGCCGCUCUGCCGCCGAGCAAACGAUCCGUUUCAACAUCUCCGGUCAAGGCAAGCGUCAAAGCCCUGUCAAACCGUCGCUGGAGGGCUGCAUAA